AUGGAUGGACAUUACACCUGGUCGGGAGGAUAUGUCAACGAAGGCGAGGAAAUCCUAGAUCACCAUAUUGUCCCCGAAAUGGCGGUGUCAGCAGCCUUGCCCCCUUUACUGUCCGAUUCACGUGCACUUUUACCAGAGGAGCUGCAAAAUUCUCAAAUUCUCCAAAUGCCUGUGCAACAUGCAGGCACAUCUUAUAUUUCAUCUUCAUAUUGCACAGUUUCCCACCUAGGGACAAUUCAACCCACUUACAAUACAGGCGCCUCAACUCAAUACCCUUACUCUCAACGUUAUACUCACCCGUUACCAAGACAAUGUCAAAUUAACCAUGCUGUCAAUACGUAUUUCCAGCCAGAUCCGACCACAAUGGAAUGCCACCGAAAUCAGAAUGACUACCAAUACUGCAAUGCUGCGCUCCACAUGCAGCAACACCAACCAUCCCAGCAGCAGCAAGCUUACUACGACAGUGCUCUACACUAUCAGGAAGGCAGUAGUUGGCAAACACCUGGUGUGGUGACGCGAAAUCCAUACCAAACCACUAAUCUUCCCACCACUACUUCAAACUUGUUCGGUGCAAUUGAAGAAAGCCAAGGAGGCAAUCAUGGAGAACUGUUGCAUGGAGUAGGAAUAAAUGAUGCACCAGUCAGAUUAGGAGCACUGCUAAGUCAUUCCAACCUCUCGUCAGCUGUGAACCGGACUUUCUACUCAAAAAUGCUGGCCAUCGCCCGGAGCGUACCCAACGUGUGGCCUGCACAACUCGGCGGUAGAACAGAGGAGUUCUCAUCUAUUUGUGUAGCAGGAGCGGAUUUUCAGCCCUCAAAUCCAGCGAGGCGUUCAGCAAUCACUCUACGAUUGCGAGACAAGGAAAAGUGGCGGGCAACGGGGUCCAACAAAAUGGAGAUGGUUAUCGCCAAUGGUGGCAGGCGAAUAUUCCCCACACUCACCGUUAGCGUCGAGGGUCUACAGUCCAAUGGUAGGUACACGUUUUUUUUGGAUCUGAUGCCAAAAGGGCAGAAUAUCUACAGAUUUCAGUCCAGCCAUUGGACGCCCCUUCGGACUCUUAAGCCCUAUCCUCCACCAAACCAAGCAUCUCUCAUUCAUGUGUCGCGCGAUGCAUACGAAAUGGGAUGGAAAUUGAUGGCGACUGGCGUGGAUUUCAGACUUGCCAUGAUCACUAAUAAGGCAACCACGGCUGUAGGCAAGAACCAGAUAUUUGCUCACAGCAUGCAGAUCUACCUUCCACGCUACCACAUAGUACGUCAUCUGACAUUAGAGGAGGUAGCGGUACGUCAACAAAGUGAAGGGGCAUGUCGAAGCGAAUUGCCAGCAGACCUUGAAUAUGUAGGCACCUACGUCAUUCCAGAGACAGAGUUCGUCGCCGUCACUGCCUAUCGUAAUAGAUGCAUCACUGAGGCGAAGAUCAACACAAAUCCCUAUGCAAAAGCCUUCAGAAAUCGUCAACGCUCUUCAAAUCGCCCAAAUUAG